AGUUCUCAGAGAGGAAAGAGAAAGGAGAGCAGCACUCGGAGAGAGAGGGAAGCCCCGAUCAGAGCAGCUCCCUCCCGCUGAUGCUAGUCCCGGAGAAACACAAGCCAUGCAUUCUGUAGGCAGGUCGUGGCUGCUGCUUACAGGCUUCAUACUCUUUUAUGUCAUCUACCUGCUGUUCGGCGCCCUGAUGUUCUCCAGCAUCGAGCGGCCGGUGGAGGACAAGCUGCGACAAGAAAUGGAAGUCCUGAAGCAGGAGUUCCUGAACCAGAGCUGCGUCAACUCCACGUCGCUCGAGCGCUUUCUGCUCAAAGUGCUGACGGCCAACAAGUACGGCGUCUCCGUCCUCGCCAACAACUCCGUCACCUCCAACUGGGACCUCACCUCCUCCAUGUUCUUCGCCAACACUCUGGUCACCACUGUCGGAUAUGGUCAAACCACUCCGCUGUCUGACACGGGGAAAGCUUUCUCCAUCCUCUACGCCUUGAUAGGAGUCCCUUUCACUAUGCUGGUGCUCACCGCCUGCGUCCAGAGGAUCAUGUGUCCUCUGGUCCUGUCUCCCGUCAGCCUCCUGCAGCGGUCUGGCAUGGAGCCUCGGCCGGCCACGUUUGUCCACUUCCUGUUGCUGCUGCUUCUGGUGGUGUUGUGCUUCUUCGUGGUGCCGGCGGCCGUGUUCAGCUCGGUGGAGUUGUCCUGGUCGUUCUUGGACGGCAUCUACUUCUGUUUCAUCUCGCUGUGCACCAUCGGGCUGGGAGACUUCGUUCCGGGGACGCAGCCCGGGCAGAAGUACCGGCAGCUGUACCAGGUCACCGUCAUGGUCUACCUGUUCCUGGGUCUGAUGAUGAUGUACCUCCUCCUGCGCACCUUCCACAAAAUGGCCGACCUGCACGGCCUGACCACCUUCCUGCAGCUGCCGCGCUGCGACGAGUCGGACCUGGAGGACGACAGGGAGCCCAUCAUCGAGGGCAAACCUGAAGAUCAGACGCCCCCUUACCAGACAGAAAAAGAGGCCAACCAACGCACACCCCCAACUGAAGCCGGAAAAUCCCACAUCCCAUUUCAACACCAUCACACACCGGCAGCGGGGGGGGGGGGCGGAGUAAAAGAAGCAGCAGCUCUACCUCUGGCACUCACACUGGUGGGCUGAAUCUGAAUUCUUGUCCUAAUCCUUUUUUCUUCUUCUUCUUCUAUAGUCUCUUUGUUGAAUGCAUCCAGAGGCGAGAGCCUCAUAUAAUGAAGAAUUGAGAUGAGUUUUAAGAUUCAGCCUUUUUUGUGUGAGGACCGCCAUUAAGUUUGUGAGUGGUUACUACACACUG